AUGCCAGCUAAGCCUGUCUUGCCUCCUCUCAAGACACCCAAAACAAUGACAUUCCCGUCUGAGCUUCAUGAGAGCCCUCUUACUGCUGGGUCUGAUUAUAUCAAGCGUGAAGAGGGUAGCUCGACGCCAAUCACUCCACCUCAGGCUUAUACCGAGUUUCUCAAAGCUCUCACCCCGGUCUUUACUAGUCCUGUGAGCGCCGGUGUUGAGUUUCCCAAAUUCAAAUUUGAGAAGCGACGCCCUUCCCCGAUAUCUGUACCAUCAAGUGCAACAAGUACAGUUUUCUCUUCCCACGAGAGUCUCUCCGCCCGCGACAGCCCCAGAAUUGCCAGUCUCACCCUCCCCCCACCCUCCCCCGCGCCGAGCCCACGAUCCGCCAGGCUCCCCACAACUCUACGACGUUUACGAAUUCCACACUCAUGCAUGUAUUCACCGGUGACGGAAUCACCGGGAAGCGCACGAACAAUUCGGUCUCCGUUUUCCCCCUCCGAUUGGAAGAUUCGGUACAUCGAGACACCAGAGAGCGCGGGCGGGAAAUCUGUUAGCGUGCGACAAGUUGUGACUAGGACUGUUACAUAUAAGCGGACACAUUUGGAUCCUCCCCCAAGAGGAAAGCGCCGCAAGACAAGUGAAAGCCAAGAUGAUUGA